GGUGUUAGUGGGGGUUGCCAUAAAUGUCUCGCAGAAAUUUUCAAAUUUUCCCGCGGCGCGGCAGCACCGAGCGCUGCCUAUACUAGUCGAGCUUUUUUCGACGCGGACGCGCAGUGUAAGGUCCAACCCCCGAACCAAACGGUCAUCCGAAUCUAUAGCGAACGAGUGUGGUUAGCAGAUCAGUAGAGCGGCAAAAUGGACGCGCGAUUCAAAAGCAACCUCGAUAUGAUUGGCCGUAAUGAGCCGAUCACAAAGAAAGCCAAGUUCUGGCAAAGCUACGUACGCGCGCUUAAAGGAACCGACGACAUGAGGGCUCCCGAACACACCCACAGGCCCCGUGGUAUCUACCGCUCCGAUUUCCCUGAGCUGCAUUCCACCUCGUGGCCUUGGGGCAAGUCCAUCUACGACGACCCCAUCCACGCCGGCGAGCGCAUCAACGUGCCUGGUUACAGGUACCUUCCCGUUCACCGUGAGAUUUACGGCUACUCACCCAGGCAGCUGUACCCCCACCAGUACAAGCCAGUUGAGCGCUAUACUCCCGCGAAAGAUUUCGAUGCUGACAAGGCUUGGAACGCCCACCUCGACCGUCUUGCCGAUAUCGAUAGAAUGUACCCGAGCCCGACACCGCUGCUUCAUCGACACAGAAACCGACCCGGAUCUCCCAUCACGACGAAGCCACUAUUCGACAUUCACGGUCACCUGCUCGAUGAUUUGGCGAACAUCCCGUCGUUCCCGACUCUCUUGCGCAAGAAGCCGAUCUGGGAUCUGCUUUCGCCAUCGCCGGCGGUGCCGAUCAGCGCUUUCGCAAGAGACCCGUGGUGGUACCCGAGCUACGCGCCCUACAUCCCCAACUACGCGCAAUACAGGACUCCGUUCUAUCUGAGAGACAGCUACCUGAGCCCAGUGAAGCGUCGCUACCUUUGGAGCCGACACCCCCUCAGGCCUCUGGGUAAUUUCUCGAAUUGUACCUAUUAUUCAAAGCCAAGUCCACGAGUAUGCUUUACGGAGCCAUGGUACAACCAUUGGUAAUCAGAUGCAACGUGAGCUGCCGCCUUCUAAGGGACUUCACUUCGCCGCCCAAGAAGUAACGAGCGAAAUUGACGAAAAAAAGAAUAAUUUCGAAUUGAAAGUGGAUAAAACAAAAAUAAAUAAAAACGAAAAAAAAAAA